UUCUUCAUCUAAAGCAUGGAUGGCAGGCAGGUACUGCUACCCACGUUUCAGGAUGAGAAGGUCCUGUGCCAGCUGGAGGAGGGAGGAGCCCAGCAGCCUGAGACCAGUGAGCUCCCUGCAGACACUAGGUGGCGUCAGAGAGGAAGGAGCAGAGGGUGUCUGCCUCCCUGUGUUCAGCUUCCAGCUGAGUCUGCAGAGCAGUGGGGGCCAUGGUCCAGUGAUCCCUGCAGAGUCCGGAGCUCCUCCCUCAGCACCUGUGAAGACCACACACAUACCAAGAUGCCUUUGGAGGAAAUCCAAGAUCUUCAGUUGGACGAAAAAUACCUCCAACCAGACACUGCGGAAAUUAAUGGAAUCCUCAUGUCCAAGAUGAUAAGUGAUAACUGGGAUGACAUCUGGAAUUUUCAAGCAAGACCUGAUGAUCUCCUCAUUUCAACCUAUGCAAAAGCAGGAACAACCUGGACGCAGGAGAUCGUGGACAUGAUCCAGAAUGACGGGGACGUGCAGAAGUGCCAGCGGGCCAACACCUUCGACCGGCACCCCUUCAUCGAGUGGACGCUGCCCCCGCCUCUCAACUCAGGUCUGGAUCUGGCUAAGAAAAUGCCCCCUCCUAGAACUCUGAAGACUCACCUGCCUGUGCAGUUGCUGCCGCCUUCCUUCUGGAAAGAAAACUCAAAGAUCAUCUACGUGGCCAGAAACGCCAAGGACUGCCUGGUGUCCUACUACCACUUCUCGAGGAUGAAUAGGAUGGUGCCUGACCCCGGCACGUGGGAGGAGUAUAUUGAAAAAUUCAAAGCUGGGAAAGUGCUGUGGGGCUCCUGGUAUGACCACGUGAAGGGAUGGUGGGAUGCGAAAGACCGGCACCGCAUUCUCUACCUCUUCUACGAGGACAUGAAGGAGGACCCAAAGCGGGAAAUUAAGAAGAUCUUGAAGUUUUUGGAGAAAGAUGUUCCAGAGGAAGUUCUGAACAAAAUCAUCUAUCACACCUCCUUUGAUGUAAUGAAGCAAAAUCCCAUGGCCAACUAUACCACAUUGCCCACCAUCAUCAUGGAUCACUCCAUCUCCCCUUUUAUGAGGAAAGGUAGGUGAGGUUUAUAUGCUGGGCU